AUGCGACAUGCUUCAACUAGUUCCUCCCAUAAUAGUGCAUGGCAUUCACAUCCAAUGACCCAUUCGGAAUCCUCUGCCAUUCCACCAUACUUACCUCCCAACAAAGCCCCACCAACACCAGCAGUCGAACACCUUGGACUAUUCGGACCGUGCGGUGGACUCCACUAUCCUGUCAAAGACGAAAAGACCCUUGUCCUUCCAAUCGAGAUUAAUCAUGUCAAACCAGAUACCCCACCCGAAGAACAUGCGACAGAUACUAUACCCCUGUAUUCAAAUAUCACACAAGAAAAAGUCUUUGACUGCUCAAUGCCCUCAACCCACAAAAGAACCAGCAUAGUCCAAGGAAAGGUUAUAUUGAGCGAACCUUGGGCAAGACGUUCAGAAGAAAAACAACAAAGAGACACGAUUCGGUUGAGAGAUCCUAGUAUUACUAAAAUGCCAUCUUUUAAUCUAAAAUCAAGGCCAAGCCAAUUAUCUAAAUUCUCUAAAUACAACAGAGCUUCGUACAGUCUCACCAAUCAUCCAAACGCAAUUGAACUCUAUCGAGAUAUGGCAGAGAAAACAAACGAUCCCCAAGUCCAGAUCAAUUAUGCCAAAUACCUUUUAGAGGUAGCAGCAUUGUAUGAAACAUACCAAGAUGAACCAGAUAACGACAACAGAUCGAAAUCGAGUACCCAUGCCGAGGCAAAUCGACGAAAAAAGAAGCUACUAGAACAAGAGGGUGUUCGGUGGGUUAAAAAGCUAACCAAGAAGAACUUGGGUGAAGCAGCCUAUAUCCAGGCAGUCUGGAUAGAAAAAGGCGAGUUUGGGUUUAAGAAGAACAACAGUAAAGCAAUGCAGCUUUACCGGGUAGCAGCAAAGGAUAAGAUUCCAGAGGCCCUAUAUGCAGUUGCCAACGUCUCUGAAAAAGAAGGUCGAUGGGCCGAAGCAUUAACAGGCUACCAGGGUGCAGCUAAAAAAGGACUCGUUGAAGCGGUUUAUCGUAUGGCAAAGGCACACCUAUUAGGAGAACUAAACCAAAACCCAGACAUUCCAAAAGCACUUGAAUUACUAUUCAAUUGCUCUCACAAAGCUACUGAAGCAUGCCCAGAACCACCCUAUCUAAUCGCACUUUUACUCACCAACGACCACAAAAUACGCGUGCCUGAAGAAACUAUCCUUGCUUACGGAGGGCCUGGUAUUGCGGUUGAAUAUUUUGAACAAGCGGCCAGUCUUGGACACCUUGAAUCCUCUAUAAAACUCGGAAAGAUUUAUGAAUAUGGGUACCAUAUGGCACCUGUUGAUUACGCAAGAUGUUUUGGAUACUAUGAAUCUGCUGCCCGACGAAAUAGCCCGGAAGCCAUGCUCGGUCUUUCUUGCCUUGCAAAUCAAGGAAAUAGAGGACCAGGCGAUAAUGAUCUGCAUGGGCGAUUAGGUCGUGAUACCUCGGGAUGGUUGGCCACAACUCCACCCAACGAAGAUACCGCAUUCUAUUGGUGUCAAUUGGCAGCCAAAAAACAAUACCCAGAAGCCAUGUUUUUGUUAGGAUGGUAUUAUGAAGCAGGUAUUGGUGUAUUAAGAGACUAUGAUCUUGCACAGGCAUACUAUCAAAAGGCGGCAAAGAAAGGCCAUGAAGGCGCACGGAUAAGAUUACUAAAGACAAAUUCUGUCACUCGGCAACAACAUCAAGAGGUGACACGAGUAGGACGGACGGUCGGCGAAAAAGAACGAAAAGGAAGAAAAUUUGGCUGUUUUUUCAUGUAA